AUGGCACCACAACGGAAACUGAACGUCCUGGUCUACACAGGCACCGGCACAACCGUCGCCUCGGUCAGGCAGUGUAUCUACACCCUGCGCCGCCUGCUGUCCCCCAACUAUGCAGUCAUCGCCCUGACCGAGUCCGCCCUCCUCAAGGAGCCAUGGCCGCCCACUGCAGCCCUCCUAGUCAUCCCUGGCGGUGCAGACCUCAACUACUGCCGCGUGCUCAAUGGCCCUGGUAACCGCGUCAUCACUGACUUUGUCCGUCGCCUCGGCGGAGCUUACCUCGGCUUCUGCGCCGGCGGCUACUACGGCUGCGCCCGCUGCGAGUUCGAGGUCGGCCACCCGGACAAGGCCAUGGAGGUCAUUGGCAGCCGGGAGCUCAAGUUUUUCCCGGGGACCUGCAGGGGUGGCGCAUUCAAGGGCUUCAAGUAUGCCAGUGAGAGCGGCGCGAGGUCAGUCAGGGUCAGAGUCCACAAGGAUGCUCUUGCUGGCGCAGGCGAGUCGCCCGAGACCUUCAGGUCGUAUUACAACGGCGGCGGUGUCUUUGUCGGUGCUGCCACCAUGAAGGACGAGGGCGUGGAGGUCUUGGCCAGCUUCGAAGACGACCUGGACGUGGACGGGGGCGCAGGGAAGGCUGCUGUUGUCUACCGCAAGAUUGGGAAUGGAGGCAUCAUUCUCACUGGGCCUCACCCGGAGUUCGCAGCGGUUAAUCUCGAACAACACCCCGAUAUUGACGGCUAUGAUGAGCUAAUCAAGUCUUUGGCCGAGGACGACGACCAUCGGACCAAUUUUCUCAAGGCUUGCCUGACCAAGCUCGGUCUCCAGGUCAGCCAUGAGGGCUCGUCGGUGCCGUCCCUGUCCAAACUUCACCUUUCGGCCCUGGACCCUCAAGAGGCGGCCGGUCUUGUCACCUCGUUCAGCGAUAUAAUCACCAAAGACGAAAAGAACGAGGAAAUAAUUAAGGAUGGAAACGACACCUUCCACAUUGAGCAUCCAGACUCCCGUUGGUCUGUAAAUGAUCUUCGUGACGCACUCCAAUCAGCCCACGUCGAUGACAAAGACGGUAAUGCAGCCAAAUACGAUCCUGCCAGGGCAACUGGAAUUGAUGGCCUUAUCGACUACAACAAGGUGCUCAAGACCAUCGUUCCACAUGAGACCUCCUGGCCGGAGCCCAAGGAGACGCCAUACUUCAACCACCACGAUUACUACUCUUCGCUGCAAGAAUUCCGGCGCCGUGAGACCGAGUCCUACGAGUGGGGCGAUUCCCUCAUGUACGGCGAGGUCGUCACCAGCACCAACACACUGCUCGAGAAGAACCCGAAGCUCCUCUCCAAGCUGCCGACGGGCUUCACCCUGGCGGCGACGACGCAGGUCGCGGGGCGCGGGCGCGGCACCAACGUGUGGAUCGCCCCGCCGGGCUGCAUGAUCUUCUCGACCGUCAUCAACCACCCGGCGCACAUCAGCGCCAACCGUCCCGUGGUCUUCAUCCAGUACCUGGCGGCCAUCGCCAUUGCCGAGGCGGUCCGCAGCUACGACGGCAACCCGAACGGCCAGUACGCCGACCUGCCCGUCAAGCUCAAGUGGCCCAACGACAUCUACGCGCAGGACCCGGCGGACCCGUACAGCACCACCGCUGGCGGCGCCUCAGGCGGAAAGGACGGGCUGAAGGCGAACUAUGUCAAGAUCGGUGGCAUCCUGACCAACUGCGCAUACAGCAACGGCAACUACCAGAUGGUGGUGGGCAUCGGCAUCAACACCACCAACGGGAAGCCGACCACCUCGCUCGACCACAUCCUGACGGCCUUCUCCAAGCGGCACAACCUACCGCCCUUCCGCAUCGAGCGGCUGCUCGCCCGCAUCGUCACCAGGCUCGAGACCCUGUACCGCGAGUUCGUCCGCGCCGGGUUCACCAGGGAGAUGGAGGAGCGGUACUACGGCGCGUGGCUGCACUCGGGCCAGGAGGUCACGCUCGAGGCCGAGGGCGGGGUGCGGGCCAGGGUCGUCGGCAUCACGAGGGACUGGGGCCUGCUGAGGGCGCAGGAGAUCGGGCUGGACGGGAGGGUCACCGGGCGCGUGUGGACGCUGCAGAGUGAUGAGAAUAGCUUUGACUUCUGGAAGGGCUUGGUGAAGAGGAAGACUUAG